CCCCCUAUUACCUCACUGCAUUCUGAAGGUCCGCCCACCAAUUGCAGGACUCCUUACUGGAAAAACCAACUGCUGGAGAGUGCUAAGAAUCCAUAGCAACGCCCUUUUGAAAUCAAAGGGGGAAAGACUGAAGUCAGCUCUCAGUCAAAGCGUCUAUGCCUCAGGACGGGAAGACGCUUAGGAUGGACACCCCACCCCCUGACGAGCUCAUAGGAAAGCAAAACGAAAACCUGCAAAACCAGGAUGAAGAAUUGGGGUUUAAGGAAAUGGACGGUCUGAGAGAAGCUUUGGCCAACCUUAGGGGACUGUCUGAGGAAGAGAAGGGCGAGAAGGCAAUGCUCCGCUCCCGCAUCCAAGAGCAAUCCCAGCUCAUUUGCAUCCUGAAACGCAGAUCCGAUGAGGCUCUGGAACGCUGCCAGAUACUGGAACUGCUCAACGCUGAGCUGGAGGAGAAGAGGAUGCAGGAGAUGGAGAAGAUGAGGACCCAGAGUGAGCACGUCCAAAAGCUGGAGGGUCGCUUUAUGACCCUGGCAGCCAACCACGAGCUGAUGAUCCGCUUCAAGGACGAGCACAAGAAUGAAAACCUCAAGCUGAAGGAGGAGAAUGAGAAGCUGAAGCGGGAGAAUAACAGCCUCUUCAGUCAGGCUCUGAAAGACCAGGAGGCCAAGGUACUGCAGCUCACUGCCCACAACAAGGCCCUGGCAGAGGAACUGGAGGUCUUGAAACAGAAAUGUGCUCACGAUGCCAGCCAGGCACAGGCCCGAGAGAAGGAACUGCUGGGACUGCAGAACCAGCAGGCCUGUGCCCAUGCCAAGGAGACAGAGCAGCUGCUCAGCCAGCUGCAGAGCCUCAGGCAGCAACACCGGCAGGCCACCGAACAGAUGGCGAAGGACCAGGAGGCGCAUAACAGCCUGAGCCAGGAGCUGCAGGCGAGGCUGCAAACUGUCACGCGUGAGAAAGAGGAGCUGCUGCAGCUGUCCAUGGAGAGAGGCAAGGUGCUGCAGAACAAACAGGCGGAGAUCCGCCAGCUGGAGGAGAAGUUGGAGACAGCGGCCAUGGCCAAGAAGCAUGCACUAGAACGUUUUGAGCAGGAGGCAGUGGCAGUUGACAGCAACUUGAGAGUUCGCGAGCUUCAGCGUAGGGUAGAUGGGAUCCAAAAGGCUUAUGACGAGCUGCGUCUUCAAUCAGAAGCCUUCAAAAAGCACAGCCUGGAUCUUUUAAGCAAGGAGAGGGAACUUAAUGCGAAACUCCGCCAUCUCUUUCCAUAAGGAAAAUUCUGCUUCCUGUUGCCACCUUAAUACUUCAGAUAUUUGUGCCUUAGUAUUAUGGCAAAGCAAAGAUAAUUCAUUUACUAUACUUUUAAGUACAAAACCACUUUACUAUGAUGUUGUUACUGUUGUAAAAUUAAUAUUAAUAUUCAACUCUACCACCUAGAAUACAUUUAAGAUUAACCAGAGUCCA